AUGCCACACGACACUCAAUGUGUUUGUCAAAUAUGUGUGUGCGGGAGACAUCGCUGCCCGAACAAUCGAAAUGCUAGCUCAAUUUGCAUCGGAACUUCAAAUCAAAAUACUUUUUAUAAAAAGGAGUAUGCCGUAAUCACCGGAGAUAAUCAUUCAAAAGUAAUCAGGAAACCCGAGAAAUCUUCCGUUAAAGAUCACAUUGAUCUCAGUGAUGGAUGCAUGAUCAGUAGUGUUGUCAGUGAAAGUCAAUGCGCACAAGAAGGCGCAAAAUUUGCAGCAAAUGAAAAUGCAAAUGUGGCGCAAUUUCACACAGAUGCAAAAGAGAAAGCUGUGAAUACGCGUAUGAGUUCGAGUGUUUUGCGACGUCGAAAUUAUGAAUCCUCGAUUGUUUUCGGAAGUGACAAGGACAAUAGUCAACCAAAUGGAGGCAGAGAAAAUAAUUUUGCCCGUGAAAGGUCAUUACGUCAGUACUCUAGCAAGUAUGAAGAUCCUUUCAACGGUGACAAUAAACAUUCAGUUAUAGUUGGACGUCGAAAAGACCGAUCAGCUGAGACACGUGAUAACGUUGGCUUGAUUUUGCAAUCGAUUGAUAGAAGCGUACGUCAAGAAGAUGAGACAGAAAGAAGUCACCGCUACAAUAGAACAAAAGGGAGAUACCAACAUAGUGAGAUCCUUUCUGGCAAUAAAAUAUCGCUACCACCAGUCUAUGCCAGGACUGAACAUACCGCAAAAACCAACGAGCGAAGCGGAGUCAAACGACCUACCAAAUCAGAAAUAUGGGAGGAUUCCGAUAUUUCGUAUGGUGACGGAUCCUUCAUAUCGGAAACACAAACAAGUACUGAAUUUACAGCGAAAAAAGUUGAACGAUACGAUGCGAAACGUCCAGUUGAAUCUGAUUUAUGGAAGAGGGAAGGACAUAUCACCAGUGAAACGGUUUCGCAUCAGGAUUAUGUAGGCAGGACAGGAGAGCGAUAUCCGGCAUCAAAACCGCAAGAUUCCGAUGUUUUACAUGGUGACGGAUCCUUCAUAUCGGAAACACAAACAAGUACUGAAUUUACAGCGAAAAAAGGUGAACGAUACGAUGCGAAACGUCCAGUUGAAUCUGAUUUAUGGAAGAGGGAAGGACAUAUCACCAGUGAAACGGUUUCGCAUCAGGAUUAUGUAGGCAGGACAGGAGAGCGAUAUCCGGCAUCAAAACCGCAAGAUUCCGAUGUUUUACAUGGUGACGGAUCCUUCAUAUCGGAAACACAAACAAGUACUGAAUUUACAGCGAAAAAAGGUGAACGAUACGAUGCGAAACGUCCAGUUGAAUCUGAUUUAUGGAAGAGGGAAGGACAUAUCACCAGUGAAACGGUUUCGCAUCAGGAUUAUGUAGGCAGGACAGGAGAGCGAUAUCCGGCAUCAAAACCGCAAGAUUCCGAUGUUUUACAUGGUGACGGAUCCUUCAUAUCGGAAACACAAACAAGUACUGAAUUUACAGCGAAAAAAGGUGAACGAUACGAUGCGAAACGUCCAGUUGAAUCUGAUUUAUGGAAGAGAGAAGGACAUAUCAUCAGCGAAAUGGUUUCGCAUCAGGAUUAUGUAGGCAGGACAGGAGAGCGAUAUCCGGCAUCAAAACCGCAAGAUUCCGAUGUUUUACAUGGUGACGGAUCCUUCAUAUCGGAAACACAAACAAGUACUGAAUUUACAGCGAAAAAAGGUGAACGAUACGAUGCGAAACGUCCAGUUGAAUCUGAUUUAUGGAAGAGGGAAGGACAUAUCACCAGUGAAACGGUUUCGCAUCAGGAUUAUGUAGGCAGGACAGGAGAGCGAUAUCCGGCAUCAAAACCGCAAGAUUCCGAUGUUUUACAUGGUGACGGAUCCUUCAUAUCGGAAACACAAACAAGUACUGAAUUUACAGCGAAAAAAGGUGAACGAUACGAUGCGAAACGUCCAGUUGAAUCUGAUUUAUGGAAGAGAGAAGGACAUAUCAUCAGCGAAACGGUUUCGCAUCAGGAUUAUGUAGGCAGGACAGGAGAGCGAUAUCCGGCAUCAAAACCGCAAGAUUCCGAUGUUUUACAUGGUGACGGAUCCUUCAUAUCGGAAACACAAACAAGUACUGAAUUUACAGCGAAAAAAGGUGAACGAUACGAUGCGAAACGUCCAGUUGAAUCUGAUUUAUGGAAGAGAGAAGGACAUAUCAUCAGCGAAACGGUUUCGCAUCAGGAUUAUGUAGGCAGGACAGGAGAGCGAUAUCCGGCAUCAAAACCGCAAGAUUCCGAUGUUUUACAUGCUGACGGAUCCUUCAUAUCGGAAACACAAACAAGUACUGAAUUUACAGCGAAAAAAGGUGAACGAUACGAUGCGAAACGUCCAGUUGAAUCUGAUUUAUGGAAGAGAGAAGGACAUAUCAUCAGCGAAACGGUUUCGCAUCAGGAUUAUGUAGGCAGGACAGGAGAGCGAUAUCCGGCAUCAAAACCGCAAGAUUCCGAUGUUUUACAUGGUGACGGAUCCUUCAUAUCGGAAACACAAACAAGUACUGAAUUUACAGCGAAAAAAGGUGAACGAUACGAUGCGAAACGUCCAGUUGAAUCUGAUUUAUGGAAGAGAGAAGGACAUAUCAUCAGCGAAACGGUUUCGCAUCAGGAUUAUGUAGGCAGGACAGGAGAGCGAUAUCCGGCAUCAAAACCGCAAGAUUCCGAUGUUUUACAUGGUGACGGAUCCUUCAUAUCGGAAACACAAACAAGUACUGAAUUUACAGCGAAAAAAGGUGAACGAUACGAUGCGAAACGUCCAGUUGAAUCUGAUUUAUGGAAGAGAGAAGGACAUAUCAUCAGCGAAACGGUUUCGCAUCAGGAUUAUGUAGGCAGGACAGGAGAGCGAUAUCCGGCAUCAAAACCGCAAGAUUCCGAUGUUUUACAUGGUGACGGAUCCUUCAUAUCGGAAACACAAACAAGUACUGAAUUUACAGCGAAAAAAGGUGAACGAUACGAUGCGAAACGUCCAGUUGAAUCUGAUUUAUGGAAGAGGGAAGGACAUAUCACCAGUGAAACGGUUUCGCAUCAGGAUUAUGUAGGCAGGACAGGAGAGCGAUAUCCGGCAUCAAAACCGCAAGAUUCCGAUGUUUUACAUGGUGACGGAUCCUUCAUAUCGGAAACACAAACAAGUACUGAAUUUACAGCGAAAAAAGGUGAACGAUACGAUGCGAAACGUCCAGUUGAAUCUGAUUUAUGGAAGAGAGAAGGACAUAUCAUCAGUGAAACGGUUUCGCAUCAGGAUUAUGUAGGCAGGACAGGAGAGCGAUAUCCGGCAUCAAAACCGCAAGAUUCCGAUGUUUUACAUGGUGACGGAUCCUUCACAUCGGAAACACAAACAAGUACUGAAUUUACAGCGAAAAAAGGUGAACGAUACGAUGCGAAACGUCCAGUUGAAUCUGAUUUAUGGAAGAGAGAAGGACAUAUCAUCAGCGAAACGGUUUCGCAUCAGGAUUAUGUAGGCAGGACAGGAGAGCGAUAUCCGGCAUCAAAACCGCAAGAUUCCGAUGUUUUACAUGGUGACGGAUCCUUCAUAUCGGAAACACAAACAAGUACUGAAUUUACAGCGAAAAAAGGUGAACGAUACGAUGCGAAACGUCCAGUUGAAUCUGAUUUAUGGAAGAGGGAAGGACAUAUCACCAGUGAAACGGUUUCGCAUCAGGAUUAUGUAGGCAGGACAGGAGAGCGAUAUCCGGCAUCAAAACCGCAAGAUUCCGAUGUUUUACAUGGUGACGGAUCCUUCAUAUCGGAAACACAAACAAGUACUGAAUUUACAGCGAAAAAAGGUGAACGAUACGAUGCGAAACGUCCAGUUGAAUCUGAUUUAUGGAAGAGGGAAGGACAUAUCACCAGUGAAACGGUUUCGCAUCAGGAUUAUGUAGGCAGGACAGGAGAGCGAUAUCCGGCAUCAAAACCGCAAGAUUCCGAUGUUUUACAUGGUGACGGAUCCUUCAUAUCGGAAACACAAACAAGUACUGAAUUUACAGCGAAAAAAGGUGAACGAUACGAUGCGAAACGUCCAGUUGAAUCUGAUUUAUGGAAGAGAGAAGGACAUAUCAUCAGUGAAACGGUUUCGCAUCAGGAUUAUGUAGGCAGGACAGGAGAGCGAUAUCCGGCAUCAAAACCGCAAGAUUCCGAUGUUUUACAUGGUGACGGAUCCUUCAUAUCGGAAACACAAACAAGUACUGAAUUUACAGCGAAAAAAGGUGAACGAUACGAUGCGAAACGUCCAGUUGAAUCUGAUUUAUGGAAGAGAGAAGGACAUAUCAUCAGCGAAACGGUUUCGCAUCAGGAUUAUGUAGGCAGGACAGGAGAGCGAUAUCCGGCAUCAAAACCGCAAGAUUCCGAUGUUUUACAUGGUGACGGAUCCUUCAUAUCGGAAACACAAACAAGUACUGAAUUUACAGCGAAAAAAGGUGAACGAUACGAUGCGAAACGUCCAGUUGAAUCUGAUUUAUGGAAGAGAGAAGGACAUAUCAUCAGCGAAACGGUUUCGCAUCAGGAUUAUGUAGGCAGGACAGGAGAGCGAUAUCCGGCAUCAAAACCGCAAGAUUCCGAUGUUUUACAUGGUGACGGAUCCUUCAUAUCGGAAACACAAACAAGUACUGAAUUUACAGCGAAAAAAGGUGAACGAUACGAUGCGAAACGUCCAGUUGAAUCUGAUUUAUGGAAGAGAGAAGGACAUAUCAUCAGCGAAACGGUUUCGCAUCAGGAUUAUGUAGGCAGGACAGGAGAGCGAUAUCCGGCAUCAAAACCGCAAGAUUCCGAUGUUUUACAUGGUGACGGAUCCUUCAUAUCGGAAACACAAACAAGUACUGAAUUUACAGCGAAAAAAGGUGAACGAUACGAUGCGAAACGUCCAGUUGAAUCUGAUUUAUGGAAGAGAGAAGGACAUAUCAUCAGCGAAACGGUUUCGCAUCAGGAUUAUGUAGGCAGGACAGGAGAGCGAUAUCCGGCAUCAAAACCGCAAGAUUCCGAUGUUUUACAUGCUGACGGAUCCUUCAUAUCGGAAACACAAACAAGUACUGAAUUUACAGCGAUAAAAGGUGAACGAUACGAUGCGAAACGUCCAGUUGAAUCUGAUUUAUGGAAGAGAGAAGGACAUAUCAUCAGUGAAACGGUUUCGCAUCAGGAUUAUGUAGGCAGGACAGGAGAGCGAUAUCCGGCAUCAAAACCGCAAGAUUCCGAUGUUUUACAUGGUGACGGAUCCUUCACAUCGGAAACACAAACAAGUACUGAAUUUACAGCGAAAAAAGGUGAACGAUACGAUGCGAAACGUCCAGUUGAAUCUGAUUUAUGGAAGAGAGAAGGACAUAUCAUCAGUGAAACGGUUUCGCAUCAGGAUUAUGUAGGCAGGACAGGAGAGCGAUAUCCGGCAUCAAAACCGCAAGAUUCCGAUGUUUUACAUGGUGACGGAUCCUUCACAUCGGAAACACAAACAAGUACUGAAUUUACAGCGAAAAAAGGUGAACGAUACGAUGCGAAACGUCCAGUUGAAUCUGAUUUAUGGAAGAGAGAAGGACAUAUCAUCAGCGAAACGGUUUCGCAUCAGGAUUAUGUAGGCAGGACAGGAGAGCGAUAUCCGGCAUCAAAACCGCAAGAUUCCGAUGUUUUACAUGGUGACGGAUCCUUCAUAUCGGAAACACAAACAAGUACUGAAUUUACAGCGAAAAAAGGUGAACGAUACGAUGCGAAACGUCCAGUUGAAUCUGAUUUAUGGAAGAGAGAAGGACAUAUCAUCAGCGAAACGGUUUCGCAUCAGGAUUAUGUAGGCAGGACAGGAGAGCGAUAUCCGGCAUCAAAACCGCAAGAUUCCGAUGUUUUACAUGGUGACGGAUCCUUCAUAUCGGAAACACAAACAAGUACUGAAUUUACAGCGAAAAAAGGUGAACGAUACGAUGCGAAACGUCCAGUUGAAUCUGAUUUAUGGAAGAGAGAAGGACAUAUCAUCAGCGAAACGGUUUCGCAUCAGGAUUAUGUAGGCAGGACAGGAGAGCGAUAUCCGGCAUCAAAACCGCAAGAUUCCGAUGUUUUACAUGGUGACGGAUCCUUCAUAUCGGAAACACAAACAAGUACUGAAUUUACAGCGAAAAAAGGUGAACGAUAUGAUGCGAAACGUCCAGUUGAAUCUGAUUUAUGGAAGAGAGAAGGACAUAUCAUCAGCGAAACGGUUUCGCAUCAGGAUUAUGUAGGCAGGACAGGAGAGCGAUAUCCGGCAUCAAAACCGCAAGAUUCCGAUGUUUUACAUGCUGACGGAUCCUUCAUAUCGGAAACACAAACAAGUACUGAAUUUACAGCGAAAAAAGGUGAACGAUACGAUGCGAAACGUCCAGUUGAAUCUGAUUUAUGGAAGAGAGAAGGACAUAUCAUCAGCGAAACGGUUUCGCAUCAGGAUUAUGUAGGCAGGACAGGAGAGCGAUAUCCGGCAUCAAAACCGCAAGAUUCCGAUGUUUUACAUGGUGACGGAUCCUUCACAUCGGAAACACAAACAAGUACUGAAUUUACAGCGAAAAAAGGUGAACGAUACGAUGCGAAACGUCCAGUUGAAUCUGAUUUAUGGAAGAGAGAAGGACAUAUCAUCAGCGAAACGGUUUCGCAUCAGGAUUAUGUAGGCAGGACAGGAGAGCGAUAUCCGGCAUCAAAACCGCAAGAUUCCGAUGUUUUACAUGGUGACGGAUCCUUCAUAUCGGAAACACAAACAAGUACUGAAUUUACAGCGAAAAAAGGUGAACGAUACGAUGCGAAACGUCCAGUUGAAUCUGAUUUAUGGAAGAGAGAAGGACAUAUCAUCAGCGAAACGGUUUCGCAUCAGGAUUAUGUAGGCAGGACAGGAGAGCGAUAUCCGGCAUCAAAACCGCAAGAUUCCGAUGUUUUACAUGGUGACGGAUCCUUCAUAUCGGAAACACAAACAAGUACUGAAUUUACAGCGAAAAAAGGUGAACGAUACGAUGCGAAACGUCCAGUUGAAUCUGAUUUAUGGAAGAGAGAAGGACAUAUCAUCAGCGAAACGGUUUCGCAUCAGGAUUAUGUAGGCAGGACAGGAGAGCGAUAUCCGGCAUCAAAACCGCAAGAUUCCGAUGUUUUACAUGGUGACGGAUCCUUCAUAUCGGAAACACAAACAAGUACUGAAUUUACAGCGAAAAAAGGUGAACGAUAUGAUGCGAAACGUCCAGUUGAAUCUGAUUUAUGGAAGAGAGAAGGACAUAUCAUCAGCGAAACGGUUUCGCAUCAGGAUUAUGUAGGCAGGACAGGAGAGCGAUAUCCGGCAUCAAAACCGCAAGAUUCCGAUGUUUUACAUGCUGACGGAUCCUUCAUAUCGGAAACACAAACAAGUACUGAAUUUACAGCGAAAAAAGGUGAACGAUACGAUGCGAAACGUCCAGUUGAAUCUGAUUUAUGGAAGAGAGAAGGACAUAUCAUCAGCGAAACGGUUUCGCAUCAGGAUUAUGUAGGCAGGACAGGAGAGCGAUAUCCGGCAUCAAAACCGCAAGAUUCCGAUGUUUUACAUGGUGACGGAUCCUUCACAUCGGAAACACAAACAAGUACUGAAUUUACAGCGAAAAAAGGUGAACGAUACGAUGCGAAACGUCCAGUUGAAUCUGAUUUAUGGAAGAGAGAAGGACAUAUCAUCAGUGAAACGGUUUCGCAUCAGGAUUAUGUAGGCAGGACAGGAGAGCGAUAUCCGGCAUCAAAACCGCAAGAUUCCGAUGUUUUACAUGGUGACGGAUCCUUCACAUCGGAAACACAAACAAGUACUGAAUUUACAGCGAAAAAAGGUGAACGAUACGAUGCGAAACGUCCAGUUGAAUCUGAUUUAUGGAAGAGAGAAGGACAUAUCAUCAGUGAAACGGUUUCGCAUCAGGAUUAUGUAGGCAGGACAGGAGAGCGAUAUCCGGCAUCAAAACCGCAAGAUUCCGAUGUUUUACAUGGUGACGGAUCCUUCAUAUCGGAAACACAAACAAGUACUGAAUUUACAGCGAAAAAAGGUGAACGAUACGAUGCGAAAUGUCCAGUUGAAUCUGAUUUAUGGAAGAGAGAAGGACAUAUCAUCAGCGAAACGGUUUCGCAUCAGGAUUAUGUAGGCAGGACAGGAGAGCGAUAUCCGGCAUCAAAACCGCAAGAUUCCGAUGUUUUACAUGGUGACGGAUCCUUCACAUCGGAAACACAAACAAGUACUGAAUUUACAGCGAAAAAAGGUGAACGAUACGAUGCGAAACGUCCAGUUGAAUCUGAUUUAUGGAAGAUUGACGGGAAAUUUGAAACGAAAAGUGUUAGUCGGCGAGAUUUCUGCCCUAAAAAAGGAGAGCGAUGUGCAAUUAAGAAACCAUGCGAUACAGAUAUUUUAUUUGGUGAUGGUUCAUUCCGAACCGAAACACAUUCGCAGGAACAAGAAAAACAAGAUGAAUCGGUGAAAAAUGAAGUGGUGAAAAAAUGCAGCGGCAGUAAAGGAUGUACGGAAAACUUAAGAGUAGCAGAUUCAGAGCGCGUUGUGUACGACAUAGUGGAUCGCAGCAGAUCACGUACCGAGAACUGUUGGACAGCAUAUACGGAGACGUUUUAUGAAGGAGUACCAGCAGAGGAUGUUCGACGCGUUAUUCAGCACAAAAAUCACGAAUUCAAACUUCUCGAGAGUCAUCUUGAAGACCGAACCAUCUGUCACACAUCGUUCAAUAUGCCAGAAGCAUCCUCGAAGGAAGUUCUGAUGGCGCCAAGUAAACUGCAAGAAUCAGUGCUUUGGCAAAACGGUCAAAUGAAAGUGGAAUCGCAGUAUAAUACUGAUUUUGUGCCGAAGUUGAAACCAUGUCCAGCUGGCGAACUGAUUAAGUCGAUCGCUAAGAAUCAUUCCUCAACAGAACAUUUCGAAUUCUAUCGCAUUCUUGGAGGUCAUCACUUCUAUGAACCAAAAGCUGAUGAUGUGUAA